AGCUUGACUAUGUUGACGGCUACAAUCCACGAAGGCUUUGUACGAGUCGUAGGUCUACAACGGUAGAGAUCUGUACUGUGUGCGCCGCUAGUGUGCAGGGGACAGAUUUGUGUGGUCGUGUUUGAGGCUUGUCAAGGGCUCAGCAAAAUGACCUUCACACAAUCACAUUCAGAGCUUCACUUUUUGGACACAGUUUUGUAGCUCGAGUUCUUUGUUGCCAAAAGGGUUUCUGAUCGUCGUUGCCAUUGUAUGUCUGUCCUGGAUGCGGAGAGUUCCAUUUGUCUAGCUGUCGUGUUCCUCUGUGAUGGCGCAACGGGUGAAGAACGGUGGAAAAUCGAAGGGAAAGGAUGGUGCCCCGGUACCGCCGGACAGAAAGAAGCAUGAUGAUGAGGUGCUGCAGCUCAACAAACAGAUUGAAGACAAGCAGGCCGCGCUGAAGGCUUUUGGCCGCUCGGGCGUCGAUCGUGACGCACAAAGGGAGACUUCUGCGCAGCUUGACAAGCUCUACAGAGAGGGCAGCAAAAUUCGCUCGCAAAAGGAAGCGUGUGUUGAAAAGCGCCACGGAAUUGACACGAAGAUUCGGGAAGUAAACAAUGUCAUCGCCAAGAAGUCUGACGAAGGCAACAAGAUGUCGGCCACGCUGCGCUACAAGUCGGCGGAGCGUGUGGACGAGGCCAUCACGCGCCUAGAGAACCGCAAGCAGAACCGCCAGCUCAGCGCGCAGGAGGAGACCGACCUGCAGACGGAGCUCAAGGAGCUGACGGACUCCAAGCCCAUCAUAAUUGCCUACAACCAAUGCCGCAAGGACAUCGAAGCUGAACGAGAGCGUCACACGGAACUGCGGCAGGAGCGUGAUGCCAUGACUGAGGAGCUGUCUAAGCUACGAUCGAGCGAGGACGAAACGCAUGCGGACAUCGACAAGCUCCGUAGCAGAAUCGACGAGGAGAAGCGCGAGCGCAAGUCACAGAACGAGGACCGUGACAGCUUGCAGCGGGACCUGGAUCAGCUCUACUCGCAGAAGCGCGACAAGUUGACCGCAUUCCGAACGGCGCAGAAUGACUUCCACAUUCACGAGCUGGAUGCGCGCGAUGCAGCCGCCGCUAAGCGUGACGAGGAGAGACGCAAGGCCAGGCAAGAGAGAGCCCUGGACAAGGAAGGCAGGCAGCGCGAACGGCUGGAAUCUGAGGCAGCGAACGACCCGAACAUCGUGCACCGUCAGACGUGCGCCUCGCUCAUCAACUACCUCUCUCGCAUGGCCGUCGUCUCCGAGGCCAACGGCACGGCGAGCUCGGGCUCUUCGGCCGCCGCUGCCCCCGACCUGGAUUCGCUGACGUCGGUGCGAGGUGGUGGUGAGGCCAAGCCCGGAAUGUUCUUGUCACGCAAGACACGUGAGGACGACUACUCUGGUGCCGACAGCCUGUUUGCCGGGAAGGGCAAGAAAGGAAAGAAGGGAAGGAAGGGCGGUGCGGCCGCAGCAGCUGGCAAGGCUAGUGCACGUGCCAUCAAACAUAAUACCGUGGUGCUCCAGCAGUUCCUCUCCGUCGGCGUUAGUGCCCCUCCGUCGGCCUCGGCCGUUCCUGCCGCAGUGGAGGAGCUGAGACAGAAAGAGGCUCAGUACACACGAAGCCUCAUCGAGAAGCACGGCAAGAACGCUGGUAUCGAGGUGGACCUCGACUCCCUACCGCCCACCGCCGCCGCCACCGCUGUCUUGACAAACGGCGUGGACGGCGCAGCGACCAGCAACGGCACAGCUGACGCACCAACAGCCGCCGGCAACGCUCUGAGCAAUGGCGACGUGGCUGUGAGUGCAGCCGCCGCCGACGAAUCAUGAUUGCACACGGGGCGAGGGAGAGAGAGAGGGGGACUGCUUGCCUCUCGGGAGAACGCUAUUGCCGUCGCCCCGCGCACGCUGUAUGACGUGACAACGCGGUCGCAUUGGACUGCCGCCACUGCUGCUGCUGCUUCUCUCGUUCUGCCCGAUGCCGAUGGCCUGCCGGUCGUUCCCUCUUCUUCUAUUCUCCUCGCCUCUCUGCACGCUGUGGACGGAAAGACAGCACGACGGUGACGGCAGCUGGCUCGUAGUAUUCACCGCUUUCUCGCCGGUGGUCUGAGAUAGCAAUGCAGCUUCCGCGGGCGUGCUGCUGCUGCCCGCGGUUAUGAGGCGUGCUGGGCAGCACCGUGUCCUGCGGAGUCUCGGACACGCUCACACGUACACGUGUAGUUUGGAAUCUUGUCGCUGCCCGUCGAUAAGAGAGACUCCUGAGCACUUCUUUGCCACCGAACGAAAACGAAAUUUAAAAAAAAAAACUGUCAAUCGACCGAAAAAUUCCGAUCGGAACCAGUAAGCGUUCUGUUGCUUUCCAAGCCUAGACAUAGUGGGGCACCGCUGAUGAUUGUGGAAAUUUUGUCAUUAGUUUAUUUGUAGAGAUUUAUCUUGGUUGGGCUCGCCACGCCGCCAUUAGAGUAAGCUGAAUGGAGUUAUAGUUGCAGCUGCUCAUAGCACACCGUGGUGGUUAGUUGCGUGUUGCACCCAGCCACUGUGGUGGUGUGGGGCCUUGCGCCGACAUUCUGCACCAGACUGUUUAUUUCGUCGUCGUCAAGGUCUUCGCCAUUUGGCGUACCCACCCCCACCCCCUGCCCCCAUUCAAGACCAACGAUGCUGCGAGAUUUCGCCGGUGACAGGUUUGUGGUUCGUGUCUGUUGCCCCUGCCUGCCAUAUCAUUGUGUUGUCACGUUUGUGGGGCUGCCCCUCACUCGCACACCUAUGCUUUUGGCGCUGCUCCUUCAUCCGUGCUGGCCGCGCGCUAAUGCCUUCCGUUGAUGCCUUCCCUGACUAAUUUGCCUUUACUGGUGGCCAUUUGCUCUGUUGUGCGUGUAGCGCGUAAUGGGAACACGCCAGGCACAAUUUCUUUCUUUUCUUGUUUUCACCCCCCCCCCCCACACACACACACACCCGCCAUGCUUUCAAUGAAUGCUUUGCUCACCGGCCAUGCUUUUUUGCUCCGUCAAACGGACUGUGAGCGGCAGCAGCAGGACGCUCCUGGGCCCGCUUUUGCACGUACUCCCGGUUUUCAUGUGGAAAGCACCGUCGACCCUUUCCGCCGCGCCCCGAUCCCCCUCUCGUUUCUCCCUCUUUUUUUGUACCAAGCUAAAUACUCGUAACCUGAGAUUGAUAUCUGCUCUCGUUUCUUAUCUAUUUUAUAUAUACUUUCUGUGGUGUUGUAUGCAUUGCAACAUUGGUGUCUUG